ACCUGCCGUUUGCUGUCAUUGGCAGCACAGAAGAACUGAAGAUAGGUAACAAGAUGAUGAAGGCGCGGCAGUACCCUUGGGGCACAGUGCAGGUUGAAAACGAGGCCCACUGCGACUUUGUGAAGCUGCGGGAAAUGCUGAUUCGGGUCAACAUGGAGGAUCUGCGGGAGCAGACCCACACUCGGCACUAUGAGCUGUAUCGCCGCUGUAAGCUGGAGGAGAUGGGCUUCAAGGACACCGACCCUGACAGUAAACCCUUCAGUUUACAGGAGACUUAUGAGGCCAAAAGGAAUGAGUUCCUGGGGGAACUCCAGAAAAAAGAAGAGGAGAUGAGACAGAUGUUCGUCCAGAGAGUCAAAGAGAAAGAAGCAGAGCUGAAAGAGGCAGAGAAAGAGCUGCAUGAGAAGUUUGAUCGUCUAAAGAAGCUGCAUCAGGAUGAGAAGAAGAAGCUGGAGGAUAAAAAGAAAUCCCUGGAUGAUGAAGUGAAUGCUUUCAAACAGAGAAAGACGGCGGCUGAACUCCUCCAGUCACAGGGGUCCCAGGCUGGGGGUUCACAGACUCUGAAAAGAGACAAAGAGAAGAAAAAUUAACUCUGCUGUUUGCUGCAUGCUGCAUGAGACCCAGGGUCCUGUAACCCAUGGCUGUGUACUGAAUAGUAUGCCCCGCUACAGCUGGACUGGACUCCACUUAGCCUUUUAAGCGAAGGUUCCUAUUUUAACUGACAGCUUUCCUUUGGGGUGCCAGGCAGCCGGGGUGGGGAGACCCCACCCCUGCUGUGUAUUUCAAGCUCCACUUCUUUUUGAGUUCUGCAACUUGCUCCUGCCUGCCAGUCCCACUGGCACCGACCGUGACCUUCUUUUUCAUUUUCACUUUUUUGGAGGUUGUUUUGUGAUCACUUCCUUUAAAAAAAAAGUCAAACAAGGUGAUGCCAAAUUUCCAGGCCUUUUUGAAGCGUUGUUGAGAAAGAGGAAGGGGUUUCUCUCUUCAAUCACAGAUAAUAGGAAGCAAAAAAUAAGAAAAGUGAAAAGCAGACAAACGCACACAUUUCGCUUUGCUUGUUAGCAAAGCAGAAUGUAGUUGUUGUAUGUAUUGGUUGGUGAUUCACUGGUUGGUUGUGUCCAGAGGAGAGUAUAAGGCAAUGCUGCCCAAGGCAUAAACUAGUUUCUUGGGAAAAUCCAACCAAACAGAACCCCGCCACCAUCAUCAACAACAAAAAACUAAAAAAUUAAAAAAUAAAAAUAAAAAAGCACUGGUAUACUCAGCCAGUAGGUCAGAGUUAAGCUGCUGAGUGAAGGUGGUUGGGUCUCUAAGCGAAAGGGUCCCACUUGCAGCUUUGCUGUUUGUAAAUCCUCUUUCUGAGACUGCUAACCAGUAAUCUGGAUGACUAUUUACAUUGCAAACAAAAGCCCCUCAUUUGCAUUUGAGUCUUGAGGAUCUCAAAUACUUCAAAAGUAUUAGAGCCACACAGCCUUUGGGAGACCUUCAGAAACCUAGUAGGAAUUUUAUAUAGAAGGCUGAGGUUUGGGGCAGGGUGACAGAUACCACCCACUUAUUCUGUAGGAGGAAAUUGAGGCCUGAAGAAGUAAAGGGACUUACCAAAGGCCCACUGCUGGUCUGCAUUUUUUUGGCAAAAAAUGAAGCUAAAUUCCAUGUUUUGAGAUUCUCAAUCUAUUUCACCAAGGGAGUCAAUCUGUUUAUAUAUAUU